AUGCGAAAACCAACCAGAGGUUUAAAAAAAUCUAUUUCAUGCAACCAGCAAAUCAACCAUUAUCACAAAGAAGGGAAAAACACUCUGCAUUCGACAAAUGAUAGAACCUGGGAAAAGUGGGAGAAAUUCCGUGAACAGAAGAUGGAGAUGAUGAAAGCCCAUAAACUAAAUGUUGAAAGGCGCUUACAAAAUGAGUUCAAGGAGAAAAUUUACUACAGACAUAUCUUUAACAACUACGCUACAAAAAGACCACGUCGGAAAAUUUCAUUAGAACCAGAUUGGUACACUAAAAACAUUUAUUCUAAUCAGUCAGUAGAUAUGGAUAGCGAGCAGUCAUUAGCCGUAGAGCAUUGUUACCAGCCCAAUGAACCUCAUUUUAGGAAGGAUAUAAAUGGAAAUUCGAUUGUCUAUCAUAGUUUUUAUGGCACAGGAGCUCAACAGGUAGAACGAGCCAAAUCAUUCAAUAAAACAGGCAACAGUUGUUAUGAAAGAAAUAAUAUUAGGGCAAGUAGCAUUCCUAAAUCACAUUCCUUUAGCUCUUCGCGAAAUUUACCGAGAAAUAAAAUCUUUAACAGCAGUUCAGUAGAGUAUAUGCAGAACCCCGAAAAUAACUUAUGCGAGUGUGAAUCUUGCUUGUGUCAAGAUACUAGCGAUUUCAAUAAAAGCAGUAAAAAUAAUUGUAGAAAAAGAUAUAGUAGAACGCGUUACACAUCGAAUAACUCACAGCUUGUGAUGGAAGAAGAUUUUGACUUAGCAGGAAAUAACGAGUUGUUUGACCAUCGUAAAAUGUAUAGUUUAGACAGGGACUUUGAUGCCCAUAAGCCGUAUGAGCUUAAACGUUCUAUAACUGAUUUCGAUGAUUUUUACGAGCGUGGACUUUUCCAAAAAACCUUAACAGCACGAAUCGAUAGUCUCGUUAACAAAGGUUUUACCCAAAAUAACCACCAAUCAUUUGAGGAUAUUUUUAACCAUAAUUGCUCUAUUGAACAACAAUAUAACAUUGAUGACGAUUCGAGCCCCGUUUUAUACGACACAAAAAAUAAAAGCAUGCUAGAAGUAAAACCACCGAACAAAUUUGAUGAGACUUCAUCCGAUUCGACCGAUGUGGAGUUGGAUGAUUUCAACUUUGAUUUUAAAAAAUAUUGGGAUGAGUUAGAUAAACCAUCUCCCACAUCACCAAGUGAACUAACUGAAUAUUUCCAAUCUGAACCUUCGAAAAAUAUGAAAAAUGUUAACAUCAAUAGAUAUAACAAUGGAACUGUGAUAGAUAUAUACCAUGACGACGAAUUCUGUUUUGAAAAUAAUCGUCAGUAUCAAGAAUUUGAUAAAAAUUAUAACAUCCCAAAUGUCUCUUUACCUGGACCCUCCAAUACAUUCCAGAAGAAACUUACUCCUAGCUUUGAAGGAAGGAGUAGCAACCUCAACGGCAAUAAAAACGAAGAUAAUGGUAGCCAUACUAUAAAUUUUUUAAGCAAUAUAUUUUCCAUUUACAAACCGAGCAAGUAUUCAUCAUUGAAUUGUCAUAUGGAACCGAACUACCAGAAGAAAUUUACCACGAAGAACAUCAAUGACAUAAAUAUCAACAGAGCAAUUCCACGAAGUGAAUGCGGAAAUUCAGAAAUCCUACCGUUGACGUUGAAUUCCGUAAAAAAUAGUAAUCAUCAUCACACUGCACAAGAACCGCGCAAUCAAAAAGAUCCUCAAGCACGAUUCCAGAUCAUUCCAAAUAAAACUGGACUUAAAAUAUCACCAUUAUACGUAUCAAGUGCCGAUUACCGUAAAACCAAGUAUAAAUUGAAAAGCACUUCUCGGCCCCUUUCUUUCUGGUGAUAGUUGCUUGACUGUUCGUAUUACUCGGACGGUCGGCUAGAUGGAUUACCCGUAGUGAAAAAAACUCGCAGAACCAAAUAUCUUAAGAACUAAGUGUACAUUUGGCUAGAUAACAAAAAAAAGAAAAUAAACCUUUAACCCAUGCACAACAUGGUUUGAU